AUGUCGUUGAGCCCCAAGCACACGACGCCCUUCUCCGUGUCCGACAUCCUGAGCCCCAUCGAGGAGAGCUACAAGAAGUUCGGCGGCGCCAUGGACGGCGCGCCGACCAACCUGGGCUCCCCCCUGGGGGCGGCGGCGGCGGCCGCAGCGGCUUACCGGCAGCAGCCCGCUGGCUCCUCGUCGCAGGCGGCGGCGGCAGCGGCGGCCGCCGCCGCGGCCGCGGCCGGAAUGCAGCCGCCUCCUCCCCACGCCAUGGCGGGCCACAAUGCGGCAGCGGCGGCGGCGGCGGCGGCGGCGGCGGCCGCGGCGGCCGCCACCUACCACAUGCCUCCCGGAGUCUCCCAGUUCCCCCACGGAGCCAUGGGCGGUUACUGCAACGGGGGGAUCGGCAACGUGGGAGACCUCCCCGCCUACCCGGACGGCAUGAGGGGCAGUGCGGCGGCCGCUGCCGCCACCGGCUGGUACGGGGCCAACCCGGACCCCCGCUACUCCACAAUCUCCAGGUUCAUGGGGCCGUCCACCGGCAUGAACAUGACGGGCAUGGGGACUCUGACGGGGAUCGCCGAGGCCGCCAAGUCCAUGGCCCCGCUGCACGCGGCUCCAAGAAGGAAAAGGCGAGUGCUCUUCUCGCAGGCGCAAGUCUACGAGCUCGAGAGAAGGUUCAAACAGCAGAAGUACCUGUCAGCCCCCGAGCGGGAGCACCUGGCCAGCAUGAUUCACCUCACGCCGACCCAAGUGAAGAUCUGGUUCCAAAACCACCGUUACAAAAUGAAAAGGCAGGCGAAGGACAAAGUCACGCAGCAGCUACAGCAGGAGAACAGCUUGUGCCAGCAGCAGUCACCGCGGCGAGUGGCGGUGCCCGUGCUGGUGAAGGACGGGAAGCCGUGCCAGAACACUUCCAAUACCCCGACGCCCAACCAGCCCGGGCCGCAGCCGCCGCAGCCCAGCGGGGCGCCCGACCUGGAAGAGAUGUCCCCCAGUCCUCCUCUUCACAACCAAGUCACCAACCUGGCCCAGAUGGACGCGACCACUGUCGAUUACAACAGUGGCAUGGUCAACCCGAACCUGCUCUAUGGCAGGACAUGGUAA